AGAUUCAUCCGGACAUCGAAGCUUUUUUUUUUUUUCAGCGGAUCCUUUCGUCAUCAGCCGCCGCUUCAUCCCGGACACGAUAUCGACAUCACCGGGAGGUUUUUCCGGCGGAUUUGUUUCCCUAGUCUCAGACGAAUUCUCGAGAAUUUCUCCGUAUAGAUCUGUCGGUUAGCUUAAUCCGUUGGUUCCAAAAAUGUCUUCAGCUCAAGAUCCAUUCUAUAUUGUGAAAGAGGAGAUCCAAGAAUCUAUUGAUAAGUUGCAAUCUAAUUUUCACAAAUGGGAGCGAAUUCCACCUGACACGGGCGAGCAAGUUCAUCUGACUAAGGAGCUUCUGGCUGCUUGUGAGAGCAUCGAGUGGCAGUUGGAUGAACUGAACAAAGCAAUCACUGUAGCAGCCAGAGAUCCUGCCUGGUAUGGCAUCAAUGAAGCCGAGCUUGAAAAACGUAGGACUUGGACUAGCAAUGCUCGCACACAGGUCGGGAGUGCAAAGAAAACUGUUUUAGCUGGAAAGGGUAGUAACGGAGUGGCUGGCGCAAAAGAAAUGCGACGAGAACUAAUGAGAAUGCCAAAUUCUUCCGAGACAGAGAGAUAUGACCAGUUUGCUGCCCGAAAUGAUGAUGAUUUUGUACAAUCACAAUCAGACCGGCAAUUGCUCUUGAUCAAGCAACAAGAUGAGGAAUUGGAUGAGCUCAGUAUAAGUGUACAGAGAAUCGGGGGAGUGGGCCUCACUAUACACGAUGAACUCGUCUCACAGGAGAGAAUAAUAGAUGAAUUGGGUACCGAGAUGGACAGUACAAAGAACCGCCUCGAUUUCGUUCAGAAAAAAGUCGGGAUGGUAAUGAAGAAGGCCGGGGCGAAAGGCCAGAUAAUGAUGAUAUGUUUCCUGCUCGCCUUGUUCAUCGUCUUAUUCAUUCUCGUCUUCGUUGUCUGAUAAAGGAACACGAACACGAACACGGGAGGGACAGGCAAUUGAGGCAAGUUCCGUACUGUACUGUACGUAGCUUUGUGUU